AUGGCGCCGCUAGCAGACUAUGAUGUCUUUGGAGACAGCACUGUGCGCGGUCAAAUCGUCGCAAAUAUCAUAUUGGUCAUUCUGGCGACGGUGAUGGUUGUGCUACGGUAUGUCGCCAGAAGAAUAAGAAACAAUCCCAUUUGGUGGGACGACGGUUGGGUUGUCGCUUCCAUGAUCAUGCAAAUUACAUACGCACAACACGGAAUGGGGCACCAUAUAGCCACGAUUCCUCCACAAAACCAAGUCUUUGUUGCCAAGCAAUUGAUAGCUUACCAGAUUGUCUAUUACGCCUCCAUGGUCACUGUCAAACAGUCCUAUUUGUUCUUCUAUCUACGUAUCUUUAUCGACCGAAAAUUCCGCCUCGCAGCUUGGGUCUGCAUGGGUAUAGUUUUUGGAUACUGGGCAGGAAGCAUGAUGCAAGUCUUCCUCCUGUGUACACCCUUCGAGAUGAACUGGAACCCGGCUGCCGGCGGACAUUGUGCGAGCUACAACGUAUCUUUCACGACUAUCGGCAUCGUCAACAUGUUCACGGACCUGAUCAUCAUGUUCCUCCCCAUCCCUUUCAUCCGUGGCCUGCAGAUGGCUAUCGGCGCGAAAGUUGGUCUCUACAUUAUAUUCUUGAUUGGCCUGUUUGUGACGGCCAUCUCGAUCAUCCGCAUCCGCGUUCUUUCCCUUAUAGAUUUUAAUGAUCUUUCUUAUUCGAUGCCCGCUGGAGUUUUCUGGACCAUUGUCGAACCCUCAGUUGCCAUAAUUAACGCCUGCAUUCCAACUUUACGGCCGCUUUUAAAAGCAAUCUCGCCUUCCCGGCUCUGGGGAUCUGGCAAUGGCACCUCCGAGCAUAAAGGUACCUCGGGGUACCUCCGGACCAUCGGGCAGGGGGGGCCUUCUUCCUCAAAGUACCAGGGAGUGCAUGACGAGUAUCCUCUUACAAGGAUAGAGGAGGGAGUUACGACCAUUAAUAUUACGACCAGCAAGGGGGGUUCGUUAGGAGACGAUGACAGCUACAGGGCAGACUCCGAGGAACGACACGAUCAUCCGGCAGAUGGUCUCGGAGGGAUUGCUGUCACACAGGAAUGGAACGUAUCAAACCACAGAAUUGCUUCGGCGGGAAACCUAUUAUCCUAG